UCGGCAGAUGGGGCAUAGACACAAAACUCACAGGAAGCGUCGUUUUCCUGCACUUCUGGUUCCUCAGGCUGCGAGAGGAGAGCAUCAGCGCCGAGGAAAUUCAGGCUUCACACUCUAUACCGGUUAAAGGAAGAAAAUAAAAUCCUCUAAAGCAAAAGAAGCCUGGUCCGCUCUCAGCAGCCAUGUCGGCCAAAGCCAUCUCUGAGCAGACAGGAAAGGAGUUCCUGUACAAGUACAUCUGCACGUCAGCGGCCGUCCAGAACCGAUUCCUCUACGCAAACGUAACGGCUGAAACUGACUUCGACCGACUGGCGCAGGAGCACCCAUGGUUGCUCACGGAGAGGCUGGUGGUGAAGCCAGACCAGCUGAUCAAGAGGCGAGGAAAGCUGGGCCUGGUCGGUGUUAACCUGGAUUUGAAUGGUGUCAAACAGUGGCUGAGGCCCCGGCUAAUGAAGGAGACAACAGUAGGAAAAGCCAAAGGUAUUCUCAAGAACUUCCUCAUUGAGCCGUUUGUCCCCCAUAAACAGGAGGAGGAGUUCUAUCUGUGCAUCUACGCCACCCGGGAGGGGGAUUAUGUGCUGUUUCACCAUGAGGGAGGCGUGGAUGUGGGCGACGUGGACGCCAAGGCAAAGAAGCUGCUAAUAGGGGUGGAUGAGAAGAUCAGCGAAGAGUCUGUGAAGAAAGACCUGCUGACUCAUGUCCCCAACGACAAAAAAGUGGUCCUGUCCAACUUCAUUGUUGGACUAUUCAACCUGUAUGAAGAUCUGUUCUUCACAUACUUGGAGAUCAACCCCUUAGUGGUCACAAAGGAUGGGGUUUAUGUGCUGGACAUGGCAGCGAAGAUUGAUGCCACAGCUGACUACAUCUGCAAGGCCAAGUGGGGCGAUGUGGAGUUCCCCCCACCCUUUGGCAGGGAGGCCUAUCCUGAGGAGGCCUACAUUGCCGACCUGGACGCCAAGAGCGGCGCCAGCCUCAAACUCACCCUGCUCAACCCUCGAGGCAGGAUCUGGACCAUGGUGGCAGGAGGAGGCGCCUCAGUGGUGUACAGUGACACUAUCUGUGACCUCGGUGGCGUCAAUGAGUUGGCAAAUUAUGGGGAGUAUUCAGGAGCACCAAGCGAACAGCAGACCUACGACUACGCCAAGACCAUCCUGUCCCUGAUGACGAGAGAGAAGCACCCCGACGGAAAGGUUUUGAUCAUCGGUGGAAGCAUCGCUAACUUCACGAAUGUUGCGGCGACAUUCAAGGGGAUUGUUCGAGCCAUCAGAGACUAUCAGGUGCCACUGAAGGAGCAUGAGGUCACUAUUUUCGUCCGCCGCGGAGGCCCCAACUACCAGGAGGGGCUCCGGGUGAUGGGAGAAGUUGGCAAGACCACUGGAAUUCCCAUCCACGUCUUCGGCACAGAAACUCACAUGACUGCCAUUGUUGGCAUGGCGCUGGGCCACCGGCCGAUCCCCCACCAGCCUCCCGUCGCCGCCCACACUGCCAAUUUUCUGCUCAACACCAGUGGAGGCACAUCGACUCCAGCAUCCAGUAGAACCGCUUCUUUCUCUGAAAACGCAGCCAGAGUAGAAGCUUCACCAGCCAAGAAGACUAAACUUGGCGCUCCUGUUGGCAAGGCGACCACGCUCUUCCUCAAAAGUACCAACUCCAUAGUUUGGGGUAUGCAGACUCGGGCAGUCCAGGGCAUGCUGGACUUUGACUACGUCUGCUCCAGAGAAGCGCCAUCUGUCUCAGCUAUGGUCUACCCAUUCACUGGAGACCACAAGCAGAAGUUCUACUGGGGCCAUAAAGAGAUCCUCAUCCCAGUUUACAAAAACAUGAGCGAUGCCAUGAAGAGGCACCCAGAUGUGGAUGUGCUCAUCAACUUUGCCUCACUUCGUUCAGCUUUUGAUAGCACCAUGGAGACCAUGCAGUACCCACAGAUACAUACGAUUGCCAUUAUUGCCGAGGGAAUCCCUGAAGCCCACACCAGGAAGAUCAUUAAGGCAGCAGAUGAGAAGGGCGUCACAGUCAUUGGACCAGCUACUGUUGGAGGAAUCAAGCCAGGCUGUUUCAAGAUUGGGAACACGGGAGGCAUGCUGGAUAACAUCCUCGCCUCGAAGCUCUACCGGCCAGGCAGCGUGGCCUACGUGUCGCGCUCCGGCGGCAUGUCCAACGAGCUCAACAACAUCAUCUCUCGUACAACCGAUGGUGUUUUUGAAGGCGUGGCCAUCGGUGGCGAUAGAUACCCGGGCUCUGUGUUUACUGACCACGUGCUGCGCUACCAGGACACCCCUGGAGUAAAAAUGAUUGUCGUACUGGGAGAGAUCGGAGGCACAGAGGAGUACGAGAUCUGCCAAGGUAUCAGACAGGGCCGGAUCACCAAACCCGUGGUCUGCUGGUGUAUAGGCACCUGUGCCACCAUGUUUUCCUCCGAGGUUCAGUUCGGCCACGCAGGAGCAUGUGCAAAUCAGGAAUCUGAGACGGCAGUGGCUAAGAAUAAGGCACUGAAGGAGGCUGGUGCAUUUGUUCCCAAAAGCUUUGAUGAGCUGGGAGACAUAAUCAAGUCAGUUUAUGAUGACCUUGUUGCGAAAGGAGUCAUCCAGCCUGCUGAAGAGGUGCCUCCUCCCACUGUGCCAAUGGAUUACUCCUGGGCACGCGAGCUGGGUCUGAUCCGUAAGCCAGCCUCCUUCAUGAGCAGUAUCUGUGACGAGCGAGGCCAGGAGCUCAUCUACGCGGGCAUGCCCAUCACGGAGGUCUUCAAGUCCGAAAUAGGGCUGGGCGGCACGCUGGGGCUGCUGUGGUUCCAGAGGAGGCUGCCCAAGUAUGCCUGCCAGUUCAUAGAGAUGUGCCUGAUGGUGACUGCUGAUCACGGCCCUGCUGUCUCUGGUGCCCACAACACUAUCGUGUGUGCCCGAGCAGGCAAAGAUCUUAUCUCCAGCCUCACGUCCGGCCUCCUCACCAUUGGAGACCGCUUUGGAGGCGCUCUGGAUGCGGCAGCAAAGCAGUUCAGCAAGGCGUUCGACAGUGGCAUGCCGCCCAUGGAGUUCGUCAAUAAGAUGAAGAAAGAAGGGAAGCUGAUCAUGGGCAUUGGCCACAGAGUCAAAUCGAUCAAUAAUCCCGACAUGAGAGUUCAGAUCCUGAAGGACUUUGUGAAGCAGCACUUCCCCUCCUCUCAGCUGCUGGACUAUGCUCUAGAUGUAGAAAAGAUCACCACAUCCAAGAAGCCCAACCUGAUCCUGAAUGUGGAUGGCCUAAUCGGUGUAGCCUUUGUGGACUUGCUCAGAACUUGUGGUGGUUUCACAAGGGAUGAAGCCGAUGAGUUCGUGGAAAUCGGCGCCCUUAACGGCAUCUUCGUCCUCGGACGCAGCAUGGGAUUUAUUGGUCACUACCUGGACCAGAAGAGGCUGAAGCAGGGUCUGUAUCGCCACCCCUGGGAUGACAUCUCUUAUGUGCUCCCAGAACACAUGUCCAUGUAAUCGGAGGAACUAAAAGUUCCACCCAAGAUGUCAUAUCUCCUGCCCAUGCUGUGAUCUGUUGCCACAAAGCAGUGGCAGGUUAUAGGGAAGAUAGUUAGGAAGUAUAGUUCUCAACUGAAAAACCAGUUAGACCGAGUGGGGAUGUAACUGUGUGUUGGGGAGACUGGAUGUUUAGAGUUAUAGAGAAUUACUCAAAUGUGACGACGAUGACGUACAGUAAUGAACAUCAACAUAUUAAUCCAGCAAGUGUGUCUACAGUCACAUAUCAAAGACUGUUGUGUCAUUGUGCCAUAUGAAAAUCACAAGUCUGCUAUAAGACAAGCAUGUAGUGCAAUAAUGCCUGUCGAUUAGUGCUUUAAUUAUACAGAGGUAAAUGAAACAGCAGAGCUGCUCACUGUAGCAAGAAGACCAUGUUCUGUGUGCGCGUGUGUGUGAAGAUGUAUUCUCAGCUUUUCUUCCUCCAGUCCCACCUUUUACAGUGAACUAAGUGGUGGCCAGUGACCCUUUGCCAAUGUUACAAAGCUGUACGUUAUGGAGAGCCAGAAACAUCAGUGUUGUUGCAAUGUUUUUCAUAUUACGUGUUUUACUGUAAAGUGGCGCCUCCUGUACUAAUUUGUUGUAUGUUGAUAAUGAAGUAUAAUAAAAUGUAAUUAAUGUCA